AUGGACAUAUCAAGCCCAGAAUGUGACGAGCCAGCACCAGCGAAGAAAUCGAAAGAGUCUACGGAGUCGUCUGAAAAAUCGGAUACGUCCGAAAGAAAGGAAAAGAAAAAGGAGAAAUCAGAACGUAGUGCUUCCGACAAGAACGACAGCAAAAGAUCCGAUGAUCGGAAGGAUCGAAAAGAGGGAAAGUUAGAGAGACGAAAAAGUGAUGAUCGUCGGGAGGAGCGCUCAGAAAGAUCAAGAAAAGAUGAGGACAAAUCUGAUGAAAGUCGACGCCCAAAGAAAUACAGCGAUAGUGAUGAUGGUCAAAGACGAUCAAAGAAAUACAGUGACAGUGAUGACCGUGAAGGGUCAAGCAAAAGACCACGCAGAGAUGAUCAUGAUAGUGGAAGAUCGGAUCGUGACAGUCAUCGAGGUGGACGAGGUGGAUGGAAUCGUGAUGAUGACAGACGCCGCGACGAUAACCGCCAUCGCAGUUGGGAUGAAAAGGAUCGAUUUCAGAGGAAAGAUGACCGACGUGACCGCGACGGCGGCAUGCGACGCGGUGGUCGAGGUGGCAACGAAGGCGGUUAUCGCUAUGGUGGACGUGACCGAAACGAUGAAAGGGACGGUGGAUGGAAAGGAAGAAAUAGAAACAAAGACAGAGAAGAUCGGUCGACCUGGGAUGUUCGUCCGAGCGCCGAAGAAGUUGCCAAGCAGCGUAAAUUGUUGUGGUCGAAGGGAGGGACGAACAAGGAGGGAUGCAGUGAAGCCGGUGAAGGGAGCGCUGCUGAAACCACAACAGCAGCAGCACCCAGCCAAGAUAAAAAUGUUGGUUUAUGGUCAAGCGCUAUAACAGCGAGUGGCGUCGCCGGUGAACAAGCGAACAAAUUCCUGAAACUGAUGGGUAUCAAAAAUGUCCCUGCUGUCGACCCAGCCACUCCACUACAGGAGGAUAGCACCCGCCUCAAGGAGGAAAGUGAAAAACAGAAGAAGAUGAUGCGUGACUUGGAUCGACAGUACGAAAUAGCACGUGAAGCCACACACAUGGGACGAGGCUUGGGACUCGGAUUUCAUCAGUAA